UAUAAAAGGACAGCUCUGCACCCGGUCCAAUUCAUACCUUUCUCGGCCUUUUGGCUAAGAUCAAGUGUAGUAUCUGUUCUUAUCAGUUUAAUAUCUGAUAUGUGGGCCAAUGGCCCACACGAUAUUAAAUUAAUUUUUAUAGGGGGAAAAGCCACUACUAGAGCUUGCUCUAGGGGCUUCUCAAUUGUCGUCCAUGCGUUGCACUAUUGCAAGGACUGGCGCACCCCACCAAUACUAGUCCAAUAA